GUUCGUGCAAUUCAAAUGUGCGACUUUUAAGCUAUAAAGCAUUCAUGUGCUGGAGUAUCCGUAUCUGUCAACGCUAAAGAAAACAUAAGCCAAUUCGAAAUCAAGACAGAAGACGAGUGAAAUCUGAUUUGAAUUUUAAUCAGCCUGUGUACAAAAAAUAAAUAAAAGCUUUUGACGUGUCGAAUUUCGUAACGAAAAUGAACAAACUGCCGCAUUGCGUUUGGCGAGCCACAACUGGCCAACAGACCAGAUGUAUGUCAAAGUUUAGUGCCAAAAAGGCAGCUGCAAGUGCAACCACUUUGUUGCAAAAUGAACAGCAAAUACCGCUCAGUUUACAGCAAUCGCGUGAAAAUUCCGCAACCACAGCAGAAACUGCGACCUGUCCCCACUUGAGUGCACCAUUGGAGGAAGCCGCCGGAUCGCGCAUUCACACCACCGCUGAGUGGCAGAAUGCACUGCCCUAUAAUGAGAUACCUGGACCCAAGCCCAUACCAAUACUCGGCAACACUUGGCGCCUAAUGCCAAUUAUUGGACAGUACACUAUAUCGGAUGUGGCCAAAAUUUCGUCAUUAUUACACGAACGCUAUGGAAGGAUUGUGCGUUUUGGCGGCCUGAUUGGUAGGCCGGAUUUGCUCUUCAUCUACGACGCCGACGAAAUCGAAAAGUGCUACCGAAGCGAAGGGCCAACGCCAUUCCGGCCCUCGAUGCCUAGUCUGGUAAAGUACAAAAGCGUUGUGCGCAAAGAUUUCUUUGGUGAACUGGGAGGCGUAGUAGGCGUGCACGGAGAACCUUGGCGUCAGUUUCGGUCACGGGUUCAAAAGCCUGUUCUGCAACUAUCCACAAUAAGGCGGUAUUUGCAGCCCCUAGAGGUCAUCACACAGGAUUUUCUGGUACGCUGUGAACAGCUGCUAGAUGAAAAUGAGGAACUGCCCGCAGAUUUUGAUAAUGAAAUACACAAAUGGUCUUUGGAAUGCAUAGGACGUGUGGCGCUGGACACACGGUUGGGUUGCCUGGAGCCAAAUCUAUCGCCCGACUCGGAGCCACAGCAAAUUAUUGAUGCGGCAAAGUAUGCGUUGCGCAACGUGGCAACCCUGGAGUUAAAAGCACCCUAUUGGCGGUAUUUUCCCACGCCUCUAUGGACCCGCUACGUCAAGAAUAUGAACUUUUUUGUGGAUGUCUGCAUGAAAUACAUACAGAGUGCAACCGAACGUCUCAAGACCCAAGGGCCCAGUCAACAUGCAGGCGAGCCCUCUUUGCUCGAGAAAGUGAUUUUGUCACAGAAGAGUGACAAAAUAGCUACCAUAAUGGCAUUGGAUUUGAUUCUAGUGGGCAUAGAUACGAUUUCUAUGGCUGUAUGUUCAAUGCUCUAUCAACUGGCAACGCGACCUUUGGAGCAAGAGAAGCUGCAUGAGGAACUGAAGCGACUGUUGCCUGAUCCGAACACGCCUCUGACGAUACCAUUACUGGACCAAAUGCAUCAGCUGAAGGCAUUCAUUAAGGAGGUCUUUCGCAUGUACAGCACAGUGAUUGGCAAUGGGCGAACCUUGAUGGAGGACAGCGUUAUAUGUGGAUAUCAAGUUCCCAAAGGCGUUCAGGCAGUAUUCCCCACCAUAGUUACUGGCAACAUGGAGGAAUAUGUAACUGAUGCGGCGACAUUUAGGCCUGAACGUUGGCUAAAGACCCAACAGGGCGGAUUCGAAGGCAAGCUCCAUCCUUUCGCUUCGCUUCCUUAUGGCUAUGGGGCUCGAAUGUGCCUGGGCCGACGUUUUGCCGACUUGGAGAUGCAAAUCCUGCUCGCCAAGCUGUUGCGCAACUACAAGCUUGAGUACAAUCAUGCGCCUUUAGAAUACGCCGUGACCUUCAUGUAUGCGCCGGAGGGCCCGCUACGAUUCAAAAUGACACGCAUAUAG